CCACCUACAGACACAGGUGUAGUACCACCUACAUACACAGGUGUAGUGCCACCUACAGGCACAGGUGUUGUGUCACCUACAGACACAGGUGUAGUGGCACCUAGUAUAACAAUUGUAACACCUGAUGAAACUGUUACAAUGCCAUCUAGUCAAACUGUUGUGCCACCCACAGGCACAGGUGCAGUGCCACCUACAGACACAGGUGUAGGAUCACCUAGUGAAACCAUUGGAGCAGAACAUAGUACAGUGAUACCAAGUCAGUCUGGUGCAGUACCUCCUAUUUCAUCAGAAUCUGUCAAUUCAGGAAGUGGUACAAUUCGCCCUGUUGUAUUCGAUGUAAGACUAAAUGUUACAAAUGAAAUGAUUGAAGAUGAAAUUAACAAUAAACUCUUGGGAAGAGGAAAGCAGCUACUGCGACAGGGGAGAAAAUUCAAAGUGAAGCUUAUAAGAAGUGAUACAAAGACUGCAUCCAUGGAAAGGUAUGCUCAAGCGCUGGAUCUUGCUAUUCUUUCCAUGGAACUGGCCAUCCGAACCAUGAUAACUCCUGACGAAACCGAGGAGAUUGCCACUCAUGCCACAAACAUGGCAAUUCAAGCCAAGGAAAUGUCUGUAAGUGCCGAGAACAUAGCGAGCGGUGCCUUGUCGCCAGCUGUAUCCGCGGAGACAGCAGACAUUCAGACAGACUUAUUGGCUUGUACCAACGAAAUAGUUGAGUGCACCAUGGAGAUGAUGGCCCAUGUUAAUCCCAGUGCCGAGACGUCAGCUCUGGCUAUGCAAUAUCUGUCAUUUGCUUUGGGGACCCCUCAGGCCUCUGCUUCACGAACGUCACACGUUUCCAUGGAGACUGAUGACGGUGAUGCUGAUACGGGAUCUUCACCUACCUCCAUGGAAACACCAGUGGUUGCUACAGAAACUCGUCAUGCUUCUGUGGAAAGGCCGGCUGUUAAGGAGACUCUGGCUGUUACCGUGGAAACUCAGACUGUCAGAGAAAAAACUGCAGAAGUUGCCAUCGGAACUCAGACUCCUGGUGUCAGUCUGGAAACUGCAGUUGUCACCGUGGACGAACCGUCCCACGAUGCCUUGGACAUGGCGAGUCGCGCCAUGGCGAUGACGGCUCACGCCACAGAAACGCCCACUCACGCAAAGGAAAUCGCUGUGGAGGCAAUGAGACUGGCCACCGAGGCCACGGAACUCGUAGACAAAAUCAUUGUUAUGUCUGACAUGAUGACGCAGGACAACGAAACGGCCACCAACGCCAAAGAGAUUGCCAGCUAUGCCAAGGAAAUGGCCGCCUACAUCAUGAGGGUGUACAAAACCAAUGAGGAGAAGACGUCUGCGUCGCCAACGGCUUCAGAAAAGGCAGACGAUUCUGGUAGCGAUGCCCAGGACAUCAAACUGCUGGAGAACCUCAAGAAAAUGUUACGUGUUGAUGGAGGCCAGGCUGCAGGAAGCAUUUCAGACAAAGAGAUAUUCCGGUCCGAGUUUUUCUCCCAAACCCAAUUACUGAAGGCAGAUCGAUCUAGUGCAAGAAGCUCGCGUGGAAGAGUUGCUAAACAAAGUCGGUCUCCUUUGGUGAAACCUGUAAAAGAAUCGUCAACCAAGAAGACGGCAGCAAUAGAAACCAGAUCAGAUGCCAAACCGGAUGAUUUGGAUGCCAAACCGGAGGGAUUGGAUGCAAAACCGGAUGGGUCGGAUGCAAAACCAGAUGGGUCAGAUGCAAAGCCAGGCGGACAAAAAAUAGGGAUCAAAUCGGAGUCUAUGAAGAAGGGACAAGCCAUCAAGAUCAGUACAAUAUCUGUGACGCCAGACAUUGGGGUAACGGCUUCCAAAACGGACAUAUCAGAACCUCCCUUCACAGAAACAGUUGAUGCGGGGAAGACUGAAGAGUUAGAAGAAGAAUCACCGGCCGCGGAAUCACCGGCCGUGGAGAGCGAGGUUCCCAGCAAGAACUAUGUGAAGAGUUCCACGUUCAUGGAUGCUUCAACCAAGCUCAGCUUCAAGCAGAUCUCAAGUAAAAUUACAAGAAAUUUGGAUCUUUUGAAGCAUGUUGGCAGCAAAAAAAGUUCUGGUGAGGUGAACGAGGCUCUGCGCCAGGCCCAGGAGCUCCAGCAGCAGCAGCUGUUGGUGAUGGCCAAUGACGCACACCGCAUGCUGCAGACUGUGCUCUCGUUCCGCAACCAGAUCGCAGUGCUCCUCAAGAAGGAGGGAUUUCAGAAAGUCUCUCGUGACUUAAUGAGUAAAGCACCAAAGCAGGUUGUCAGAAACUUGGCAGGUGACGCACAAGCUAUCAUGAAUUGUUUGGUAGAAAACACAAUUGACUUUCUCAGUUGUAUAGAAUCUGCUUUGGAAGGCACGCUUAAUCAGAUGUUUGCUAAUCGAAAGAAUGAAAUAAAACAAAUGGCUGCUGCUGCUGGUUCAUCUGGCAAGGAAAAGAGACUAUCUCAAGGUGACUUGAACAGUGCGUUAAAAGAAUCAGAAAACAAAUAUAAAUCACUGGAACAUCGGUAUGAUGUAAUGAUGGAUCUGUUUAACCAACAGAGAGAAGAUUUGGAUUAUUUAUCUGAACGACUGCGUGCUAAAGAGAUGAAGCAUAAGACGGAACAUUGGGAUACUUCGUUGGAGGAUGCUUCAGAAUCAGACAAGAUGGCCCUGCCACACACCAACAGAGAUCUCAAGGAAACUGCUGACAGCACAAGACCAGGUUAUGGGACACACAGUGGAUCGGUGCAUCCUGUACGCCAGCGUUCCAGUAUUUUACUUCUUGAGGAAACUGCUGACACUACAAGACCAGUUUACAGACAUAGCGGAUCGGUGUAUCCUGUACUUCAGCGGUCCAGUAUUACAAUUAAUGAGGAAACUGCAAUUCAUGGGACACGCACGGGAUCGGUGCAGCUUGUACGCCAGCGUUCCAAUAUUGCACUUGAUAAGAAAACUACUGGCCCCGUCUAUAGGUCACACAGCACGGUGGUAAAACCACUCUUAGCCCAUGGGUCCAAUAUAUGGCCUGAUGAUGAGCAAAGUGCAGAACGGGAAGCCCCACCUCGGAGGGACGCUGCUGGUUAUGAGAGAGAUCCUCGCAAGCAAAGCACAGAACGGGAAGCCCCACGUCAGAGGGACGCUGGUUAUGAGAGAGAUCCUCGCAGGCAAAGCACAGAACGGGAAGCCCCACGUCAGAGGGAUGCUGGUUAUGAGAGAGAUCCUCGCAGGCAAAGCACAGAACGGGAAGCCCCACGUCAGAGGGACGCUGGUUAUGAGAGAGAUCCUCGCAGGCAAAGCACAGAACGGGAAGCCCCACGUCAGAGAGAUGCUGGUUAUGAGAGAGAUCCUCGCAGGCAAAGCACAGAACGGGAAGCCCCACGUCAGAGGGACGCUGGUUAUGAGAGAGAUCCUCGCAGGCAAAGCAUAGAACGGGAAGCCCCACAUCAGAGGGACACUGGUUAUGAGAGAGAUCCUCGCAAGCAAAGCACAGAACGGGAAGCCGCACAUCAGAGGGACACUGGUUAUGAGAGAGACCCUCGCAAGCAAAGUACAGAACGGGAAGCCCCACGUCAGAGGGACGCUGGUUAUGAGAGAGAUCCUCGCAAGCAAAGCACAGAACGGGAAGCCCCACGUCAGAGGGACGCUGGUUAUGAGAGAGAUCAUCGCAAGCAAAGCACAGAACAGGAAGCUGCACAUCAGAGAGACGCUGGUUAUGAGAGAGAUCCUCGAAGGCAAAGCACGGAACGGGAAGCCCCACAUCAGAGGGACGCUGGUUAUGAGAGAGAUCAUCGCACGCAAAGCACAGAACGGGAAGCCCCACAUCAGAGGGACGCUGGUUAUGAGAGAGAUCCGCGCAAGCAAAGCACAGAACGGGAAGUCCCACGCCAGAGGGACGCUGGUUAUGAGAGAGAUCCUCGCAAGCAAAGCACAGAACGGGAAGCCCAACAUCAGAGGGACACUGGUUAUGAGAGAGAUCAUCGCAAGCACAGCAUCGAACGGGAAGCCCCACGUCAGCCCCAUGCUGGUUAUGAGAGAGAUCCUCGCAGGUUAAGUGCAGAAUGGGAAGCCCGACCUCUGAUGGUCGCUGGUUAUGAGAGAGAUCCGCACAAGCAAAGCACCGAACGGGAAGCCCCACGUCAGAGGGACGCUGGUUAUGAGAGAGAUCCUCGCAAGCAAAGUACAGAACAGGAAGCCGCACAUCAGAGGGACGCUGGUUAUGAGAGAGAUCAUCGCAAGCAAAGCACCGAACGGGAAGCCCCACGUCAGAGGGACGCUGGUUAUGAGAGAGAUCCUCGCAAGCAAAGUACAGAACGGGAAGCCGCACAUCAGAGGGACGCUGGUUAUGAGAGAGAUCAUCGUAAGCAAAGCACCGAACGGGAAGCCCCACGUCAGAGGGAUGCUGGUUAUGAGAGAGAUCCUCACAAGCAAAGUACAGAACGGGAAGCCGCACAUCAGAGGGACGCUGGUUAUGAGAGAGAUCAUCGUAAGCAAAGCACCGAACGGGAAGCCCCACGUCAGAGGGACGCUGGUUAUGAGAGAGAUCCUCACAAGCAAAGUACAGAACGGGAAGCCGCACAUCAGAGGGACGCUGGUUAUGAGAGAGAUCAUCGUAAGCAAAGCACCGAACGGGAAGCCCCACGUCAGAGGGACGCUGGUUAUGAGAGAGAUCAUCGCAAGCAAAGCACAGAACGGGAAGCCCCACAUCAGAGGGAUGCUGGUUAUGAGAGAGAUCCUCACACGCACAGCAUCGAACGGGAAGCCCCACGUCAGAGGGACGCUGGUUAUGAGAGAGAUCAUCGCAAGCAAAGUGCAGAACGGGAAGCCCCACAUCAGAGGGACACUGGUUAUGAGAGAGAUCAUCGCAAGCAAAGUGCAGAACGGGAAGCCCCACCUCUGAUGGUCGCUGGUUAUCCUCGCAAGAAAAGCGCAGAAUGGGAAACCCCACCUCUGAUGGUCGCUGGUUAUCCUCGCAAGCAAAGCACAGAACGGGAAGCACCACAUCAGAGGGACGCUGGUUAUGAGAGAGAUCCUCGUAGGCAAAGUGCAGAAUGGGAAGGCCUACCUCUGAUGGUCACUGGUUAUGAGAGAGAUCCUCGCAGGCACAGCAUCGAACGGGAAGCCCCACGUCAGAGGGACGCUGGUUAUGAGAAAGAUCAUCGCAGGCAAAGUGCAGAAUGGGAAGGCCUACCUCUGAUGGUCACUGGUUAUGAGAGAGAUCCUCGCAGGCACAGCAUCGAACGGGAAGCCCCACAUCAGAGGGACGCUGGUUAUGACAGAGAUCAUCGCAGGCAAAGUGCAGAAUGGGAAGCCCCACAUCAGAGGGACGCUGGUUAUGAGAGAGAUCCUCGCAAGCAAAGUGCAGAAUGGGAAGCUGGUAAUGAGAGAGGUCCUCACAAGAAAAUCAUGAAGAAGAGGCAAUCAUUUGAUCUAGGCUCCGGUUUUGAGAAUGAAUGGGGACCCGCAGUAGGCCAUCAGGGGAAAUCGUCACUUGAUCAGCAAAGGAGAAGCUCGAUAACAAAACCAGUUCGGAUGGACAUUGGUGUUGAAGCAAUGUUGGUUAGAGGUCAAAAACGUGGAUUGAUACUUGACGCUCAAAGGAGGACCUCUGUAGUCUUGCCCCCGAUCCAGGUGGUCACUAGUGCUUCAAACGUAGCCAUGAGUGCAGGAGAACUAGAGAGAGCACUGGCGCCGAGAAGCGCUGAACCGGAACCGUCGCCGACUGAAUAUGAAACUGGGCCUUAUCAGCAGAUACCCAAUGUUUUGACAGCCAUAGGUCUUAAAAAAGCUGACGAGUUUGUUCCCAAUCAACAACCAAAGGGCCCCUAUCAGCAGGUACCCACCAGAGACCUUACAAACGCUGACAAGUUUGUUUCCAAACAACAACUAAAGAGAAGCUCUGAACCGGAACCGUCACUGCCUGAAUUUCAAACUGGCCCCUAUCAGCAGACGCCCAUCGUUUUGUCAGACAGAGAUUUUAAAAAUGCUGACGAGUUUGGUCCCAAUCAACAACCAAAGACAAGAAGAAAAAGCGAGUUAACAGUCCACAUUGUUUCUGAUGUUACACAAGAUUACAGGACAAGACGGCCAUCUUCUGAGUACUUAAGUGAAACACAGUUAGCGUCAGACGGCUUACCAAGACAGGACUCGUCAGGAAUUUUCCAGAUAAGUUCUGAAAAUGUAUCAGAACUGCACCCCGGUUCAGACAUCAUGAUAGCCCGCAAACCAUUCCGGAAACCUGACAAACAGACUGCUUAUCUCAGCGAUCAUCCAAUGAGAUCAGAAGAGGUGUUCUCAGACACUGAUGAAUCUUUAAUGCAGCAACAAACAGCGUCAUCAGUGGAAUCUCUUAAGAAAGUAGAAACGAUUGUGCUAGCCGAUGGUCUUCAGAAGGGAGAAAAUAAAAUGGGGAGGCAGGAAGAUGUGGAAGAACAACGUAGACCGGUGUCACCUGGUCUUCAACAGUUUCAGGAAUCUCCUACGAAAGCAGCACAAGUUAUGUCCGAUGCUGACAACCAGGGGAAAGACAAGAUGGAUGACCAGAAAUCUUCUGAGCAGCAAGAAGCAGCGCCACCUAGUGAUAACAAAGUCCAGGAACCUCCAAAGCCAGGGGAGAUAACUGUGUUGGACACUGGUCUUCAGAAGGAAGGCACGAUGGAAAAGAUGAAACCCGUCGACCAGGAAAGACCAGAAUCACCCGGGCGUAACCAGGAACCUCCAAAGCAAGGGGUGAUAACUGUGUUGGACACUGGUCUUCAGAAUGAAGGCACGUUGGAAAAGAUGAAACCCAUCGACCAGGAAAGACCAGAAUCACCCGGGCGUCACCAGGAACCUCCAAAGCAAGGGGAGAUAACUGUGUUGGACACUGGUCUUCAGAAGGAAGGCACAAUGGAAAAGAUGAAACACGUUGACCAGGAAAGACCAGAAUCACCCGGGCGUAACCAGGAACCUCCAAAGAAAGGGGAGACAACUGUGUUGGACACUGAUCUUCAGAAGGAAGGCACGAUGGAAAAGAUGAAACCCAUCGACCAGGAAAGACCAGAAUCACCCGAGCAUAACCAGGAACCUCCAAAGCAAGGGGAGAUAACUGUGUUGGACACUGGUCUUCAAAAGGAAGGCACAAUGGAAGAGUUGAAACCAGUCGACCAGGAAAGACCAGAGUCAUCCGGGCGUAACCUGGAACCUCCAAAGAAAGGGGAAAUAACUGUGUUGGACACUGGUCUUCUGAAGGAAGGCACGAUGGAAGAGUUGAAACCUGUCGACCAGGAAAGACCAGAGUCACCCGGACGUUACCUGAGUUCUGAAAGAAUGUCGGGAUUUUCCUCCGAUUCGUCAGUCGUACCAGAAGACGUGCUGAGCAACUACGAUACUGUCAAGCUACAGGUGUCAGAAUCUCAGAACAUUGAUGAGAGAAGUGCAGAAGAAUUGGUGAGAGUGCUUGAACCACAGAGUAUUCCAGCAAAGAAGGAAGAUGCACAAGAUGAACGCAGACAGAGACGGCCAUCAGUCGAUGGAUACGAGGAGAUUCCUGACAAAACGGACCCCGUAAUUCCCGAGGACUCGUCUACUCCGCCAGAAGUACAGAUGUCUGUUGAGGAACAUAAAUCAUUAAUGGCCAAUGUUUAUAACACACCAUCAAGAAGAAAACGAUCAAAGUUGGCACUAGCGCCCAAUGAACAGCAGGAAAACCUGGAAAUACUCUACAAGGCUUUUGGAGAGAAGAAACUCUCACCAAAUCUCUAUGCUUUGGCAUGUCGUGUGGUGACCGAACCGAGCGAGGUUGUGGACGAUCAGUUCCACUCUUCCAUUCGUCAGUAUGUGUCGACUCGUACCAGGAACAUAGCCAGGCAUGUCCAAGCCGGUACGGAAGAUACUCUCAUAAAACAGCAUAAGGUGGAUCUCGGUAAACAAGUUGAGAUUCUUAAGUACAUGGACCAGAUGCAUGGACGUCUCAAUUCUGGUCAGACUACAGAGAAAGUAGAAAUAGAACAGCUUGAAAACGAGAAGCGUGGGAUGUUCAAAGAGAUUUGGAUGUUGUUCAGUCAAAUCCUUGAGGACACUGGCAUCCAUCUGUCUGCUCCUGACUUCAAAGUGUCGCCCACCUCUAGAAGAAAGGCAGGAGAUUUAGAACGGCAAAAAUCUUCGCGCCGAAAGUUUAUAGGAUCGGACCGGCAAAAAUUCUCGAACCGAAAGUUAGUAGGAUCGGAACGGCAAAUAUUUUCACCCCAAAGAUCAACAGAAUCGGAACAAUCAAGAUUUUCACCACAAAGGUCAACAGAUUUGGAACAGCCACAAUUUUUGCCCCAAAGAUCAAUAGAAUCGGAACAAUCAAGAUUUUCACCAAAAAGGUCAACAGAUUUGAAACAGCCACAGUUUUUGCCCCAAAGGUCAAUAGAAUCGGAACCACCAAGAUUUUCACCACAAAGGUCAACAGAUUUGAAACGGCCAAAAUUCUCAUCCCAAAGGUCAACAGAAUCAAAACGGCCACAAUUCUUUCCCCAAAGGUCAACAGAAUCUGAACUAUCAAGAUUUUCACCACAAAGGUCAACAGAUUUUGAACAGCCAAAAUUCUCACCCCAAAGGUCAAUAGAAUUGGAACGGCCAAAAUUCUCAUCCCAGAGGUCAGUAGAUUCAAAACGGCCAAAAUUCUUGCCCCAAAAGUCAAUUGAAUCUGAACAACCAAAAUAUUCAUCACAAAAGUCAACAGGUUUGGAACAGCCCCAGUUUUUGCCACAAAGAUCAAUAGAUUCAGAACAGCCAAAAUUCUCACCCCAAAGGUCAAUAGAAAUGGAACGGCCAAAAUUCUCACCCCAAAGGUCAGUAGAAAUGGAACGGCCGAAAUUCUCACCCCAAAGGUCAAUAGAAAUGGAACAACCAAGAUUUUCACCCCAAAGGUCAAUAGAAAUGGAACGGUCGAAAUUCUCACCCCAAAGGUCAAUAGAAAUGGAACGGCCGAAAUUCUCACCCCAAAGGUCAAUAGAAAUGGAACAACCAAGAUUUUCACGACAAAGGUCAAUAGAAUUGGAACAGCCAACAUUCUCACCCCAAAGGUCAAUAGAACUGGAACAGCCAAAAUUGUCACCCCAAAGGUCAAUAAAAUCUGAACAACCAAGAUUUUCAUCACAAAGGUCAACAGGUUUGGAACAGCCACAAUUUUCACCACAAAGGUCAACAGAAAUGGAACGGCCGAAAUUCUCACCCCAAAAAUCAAUAGAUUUGGAACAGCCACAAUUCUCGCCACAAAGGUCAACAGAUUUGGAACAGCCACAAUUGUCACCCCAAAGGUCUAUAAAAUCUGAACAACCAAGAUUUUCACCACAAAGGUCAACAGAUUCAGAGCAGCCACAAUUCUCGCCACAAAGGUCAGUAGAAUUGGAACGGCCAAAAUUUGCACCCCAAAGGUCAAUAGAAUUGGAACACCCAAAAUUCCCACCCCAAAGGUCAUUAGAAUCUGAACAACCAAGAUUUUCACCACAACUGUCAACAGAUUCGGAACAGUCAGAAUUUUCACCUCGAAGGUUAAUAGAUUUGGAGCAUCCGAAAUUCCAGCGACGAAAGUCCACAGAUUCAGAACAGUUGCAAUACUCAUCUCGAAGGUCAGUCGAUUCAGAUCAGCAAGAAUUUCCACCACAAAGGUCAAGAGAUUCAGAACAGCCAAAAUAUCCACCGCGAAAGUUGGUAGAUUCAGAACAGCCAAAAUUAUCUCCACGAAAAAAGUCAGGAGAUUCGGGUCAGCCUAAAUUAUCGUCUCGAAAAUUGGGUUUGAGUCGGCCAAAAGUCUCACCAACCAGAUUGGAAGAUUCAGAAUUGCCUCAGAUGAUGUCCAGAAAGGAUCCCUUGGUCCCAAGUUUUAACUCGAUGACCCCAGAAGCUUUAGGAAUAAGAGGGAAGAGUCCAACACCCGCCUGGAAACAAGAGAUCUCCUUGAGAGGUGAUGUGACAAGUGCAAUGAAGACUGACAAGCCUCCGAAAAAAUCACUGAACAUCGUUAAUCAGAAACCGCCAUCAGUUGCGAAAAGGCUGAUCUCCCGGUCAUUAUAUCGGGGAUUUUUUGAUUCUGACACUAACAGGAGCAAUGAGUCACCAUAUUAUUUUGAGCGGAAUGUCGCAGCUUUUGAUAGGCAGGAGAUCGAGUUUUUGAUCUGA